AUGGCGCAAAACGGGACAAAAAUGAAUGGAGCCACCAAUGGCCAUAAAACAACAGAAAAGAAAACAAGUUGGAUCCUAGGAGACAAAUUCGAAGCACGAAUGCCCCACCACGAUGGCAUCAAAGCGUUAUGGGAGACAAAAUGGAAGUUCCCAUGUAGCAAAAGCGUCUACCCAUUCCACGACGGCCAAUUCGAAGAUUUCGAACCCGUCUUCGAACAUCUCAUCAAGAACAACAUAAACGACGGCUACGGCGACGCCUACACCGAAGCCUUCUUCCCCAUCGCCGAAAAGCUCACACGUCAAGCCGACGACCUCGCCGCCUACAAAAACCACACCGCAGCAUCAGAACUGUACCUCCGCGCCGCAUGUCUCUACCGCAUCGCUCGCUUCCCACACAUCACUGCGUUCCCGGAGGUGAGUUCGGCAGUGAAAUGGAAAGCGUGGGAGGCGCAGAAGGAUGUAUAUAUGCGAGCUGGCAAGAACUGGGAGGUGCCGAUGGAAGAGGUGGAUGUGCCGUUUGCAGAUAAGCAAGGAGCGGAUAGGGAUGUGAUACCCGUGUACAUCCGCGUGCCAGAGGCGGCGAGGAAGGGAGGGGAGAAAGCGCCUGUGGUUAUGUUGUUCACGGGACUUGAUGGGUAUCGUCCUGAUAACACGCAACGCAGUGAUGAGUUUCUGAAGAGAGGUUGGGGGAGUGUGAUUGUAGAGGUUCCAGGCACGGCGGAUUGUCCGGCUGAUCCAAGUGAUCCAGAGAGUACGGAUCGGUUGUGGACGAGUCUGCUGGGGUGGAUGGGGAAGAGCGGGUCUUUUGAUAUGAAGAGGGUUAUGGUGUGGGGGUUGAGUACUGGUGGGUAUUAUGCUGCGAGGAUUGCUCACACACAUCGAGAGGCGCUUAGAGGCAGUGUUGCUCAAGGUGCUGGAACGCAUUACUUCUUCAAGAGAGAAUGGUUGGAGAAGGCUGAUGGGCAUGAGUACCCGUUUGCAUUGGGACCGGCCAUUUCGCUUAAACAUGGUUACACGGAUUAUGAGAAGUAUAUGGACGAGGCGGCGAGCAAAUUCUCUCUGCUCGAGACGGGGAUUUUGGAUAAACCUUCGACCAGGCUGCUCUUCAUCAACGGCGUUGACGAUGGUCUCAUGCCAAUUGAAGACUCCAUGCUGCCUUUUGAGUACGGAACCCCCAAAGAAGCAAGAUUCUUCCAAAAGGCCCUGCACAUGGGUUAUCCAGCGGCGAAUGCCUCAGUGUAUCCGUGGAUGGAAAGUGUCAUGGCAGGCUAA